AUGUUCAUCUGGGUCUGGCCUAGGGGUGUUUUCGGUGUCGUAACCGCACCGAAGUCACACAACCGCAUACCUGCUGAAACCAUGCGGUAUAUCCAAAAUCAGAACCACCGCCAACCAGCACAAGGCCGGUCACCGGGGGUAUCGGCAUCAGUUGAUGUCGUCGUCGGCAAUCAGCGUCGGCGAUGA